CAAGCAUACGACGACAUUAUAACGGCCAAUUCCCAAUUCCCAAUUCCGACUUCCACUCCUCCUCCUUCCUCCCCACACGACAAACUCGACAACUCAAUAACUCGAUAAUUCAACCCACCCAGCAUGUCGUACUUCUUCGCCACGCCGGUGGACAUCGAUAUAGUACUCGAAGAUAGCGAUGAGCGCCAAGUCGUGGACAUACGGGAGAAGCAGCGCCGGGAGAAGGCGCCUCUAUACAUGGACGGCGAGUCCGUUAAAGGCCAGGUGACGGUGCGACCGAAAGACGGGAAGCGGCUGGAACACACGGGCAUCAAGGUGCAGUUCAUCGGGACGAUAGAGAUGUUUUUCGACCGGGGCAACCACUACGAGUUCCUGUCGCUGAACCAGGAGCUCGCGGCGCCGGGGGAGCUGCAGCACCCGCAGACGUUCGACUUCAACUUCAAGAACGUGGAGAAGCAGUACGAGUCGUACAACGGCAUCAACGUCAAGCUGCGCUACUUCGUGCGCGUCACCGUCGCCCGCCGCAUGGCCGACAUCAUCCGCGAGAAGGACCUCUGGGUCUACAGCUACCGCGUUCCCCCCGAGAUGAACUCCUCCAUCAAGAUGGACGUAGGCAUCGAGGAUUGCCUCCACAUCGAGUUCGAGUACUCCAAGUCCAAGUACCACCUCAAGGACGUUAUCGUCGGCCGCAUAUACUUCCUCCUCGUCCGCCUCAAGAUCAAGCACAUGGAGCUCAGCAUCAUCCGGAGGGAGACCACCGGCGCCGCGCCGAACCAAUAUAACGAGAGCGAGACCCUCGUGCGUUUCGAGAUAAUGGACGGCUCCCCCUCCCGCGGCGAAACCAUCCCCAUCCGUCUGUUCCUCGGCGGCUUCGACCUGACGCCCACCUUCCGCGACGUGAACAAGAAGUUCUCCACGCGGUACUACCUCAGCCUCGUGCUCAUCGACGAGGACGCCCGCCGCUACUUCAAGCAGUCCGAGAUCAUCCUCUACCGGCAAGCCCCCGCCGACGCCGCCGCCAACGGCGACUCCCAAGGCGGCGUCGUCUCCGUCCCCGAGUCCACCCGCACGUUGCCCUUACCCGUCCAAGCGUAGCCCCCCUCUCCUCUCCCCCCCUUCCCCAACGUAAACGGGCGUAAAAUC